ACAGCAAUAAUAAAGCGUAAACAAACGAUGCCGGCAAUUUGUGCGUUCUUUCCGAAAAAGUAUGCGCUAGAGGCGGCAACAGCAUCCCUGAAACAGUUUCCACUGCUGCAGUCGUCAACAUACGGCUUCAAAAUUAACUACUCCAAGUUCCAUGGCUCGAUGUCGCUGUCCGCGAUGUCGAAGCCCAUCCUGUACUCGUACUGGCGCAGUUCCUGUUCCUGGCGUGUGCGCAUUGCCCUAAACCUAAAGGAGAUUCCGUAUGACAUUAAGCCGAUCAGUUUAAUCAAGUCCGGAGGCGAACAGCACUGUAAUGAGUAUCGAGAGGUGAACCCAAUGGAACAAGUCCCUGCGCUGCAAAUCGAUGGACACACGCUCAUCGAAUCACUCUCGAUAAUGUAUUACCUGGAGGAGACGCGUCCUCAGCGUCCACUGAUGCCGCAGGAUGUGCUGAAGCGUGCCAAAGUACGGGAAAUCUGUGAGGUUAUAGCAUCCGGCGUACAGCCGCUGCAAAAUCUGAUAGUGCUCAUUCAUGUGGGCGAAGAAAAGAAGAAGGAAUGGGCACAGCAUUGGAUAACGCGCGGUUUCCGGGCGAUCGAAAAGCUGCUCUCAACGUCGGCGGGCAAAUUUUGUGUGGGCGAUGAGAUCACUCUUGCCGACUGUUGUCUCGUGCCGCAAGUGUUCAAUGCCCGACGCUUCCACGUAGAUCUUCGUCCGUAUCCCAUCAUUCUGCGUAUCGAUCGCGAACUGGAAGGCCAUCCCGCGUUUCGGGCUGCCCAUCCCUCCAAUCAGCCUGAUUGUCCUCCGGAAGCGGCCAAAUAAGUUAUGUUGGGACGCGAUGUCCGAACGAAAGCAGUACGACCAAUCAGCAUUCCCGUUUUCACUACGUUCCCGAGUGUAUUAGGAUGGUGUUACGAUACAGGAGCGAAGCGCACGUAUACACCGCAGCACAAAUCUAUCUCAUCCCACCUUCUCUCAUAAAAACCUCAAAAUUCCUAACCAACAACUCUACAAGAAACGAAGAUCUAUUAUCCUGUUCAAUUUCAAUGUGAAAUAUUUGUCCCGAUGGCCAUAACUCGAAACAACCAAUCUAGUCCUUGAAGAGGAGAUAUAUUGUCGACUAGUAGACGAUCAGAUGCCAUUUACAAGUAAGAACAAACGAGAUGUAAAACAUUUUAUUUACACUAAACCAGGCAAAAUGAACAAAUUAAAAAAAAAGAAACAAGCUGUAGGACGAAACUUAUACAAAACGAUGCUCCAUAUCAGUUAAGAUCGUAAGCGAGCAUGCAAAUGUUUCUGUGAGGAUUUUGUUUUUUUCGUAAAACGUACGUUUCACAAUCGAAUUCAGGGAAAGCUACUAGUAUACAAAAUCAGUUACCACAAUAGAACGAAGAAAUACGCGGAGCCCAGCUGAGAAGGCAACGGAAGAAUGGGGUUGGUAGAAAUGCUCCUGGGCAUUUACUUCUAAAGUGACAAUGCCAGAAAGAGAGAGGAAAAAAACAUUUAAUUUAAGUUGAGCGCUAAGCGAUGGUUUAGAUAUCAUUCUAUAGGAUCUUAUCUGAAGCUCUACAUAUACUAUGCUUUUUAAUCCACAAUCAAUAUGCACAACAGAUGCACAAACAGAUGACGACUCACGACGAAAGGAAAUGAUGAGACAUCUAUAAAAAAAGAAUUUUCAUUGCUAUGGUGAUUUGCAUUUAUUCCCCUAUCUCCUAUCUUAUCUUAUUAAGAAAAACAGAAGACAUAAACUAUUCACAUUAGAAUCUAGGACGAAAACCAUCACUACAAAAAGAUAUCGCGUGUGUGUGUAUUUGGAUUUGCUUUGAAACUUGGUGUGCUUUAUUUUAAAUACCUAUCUUUCGAUCUAUGUGCUGCCUAAUUUUGCGUCGCAUGGCUGAUUUAAGGCAUGGUUUUACGAAUGUGUUUAAUGUGUGUUUGUGUUGUGAAACAGAAAGCAAAACGAUAUUCCAUAGAUUCCAUGUGAGCCCAUUGCCAGCAGCUAGAGUGAUCAAUAUUGCGUGUGGUGUUUUCGCGUAUUUGAACAAUAAAUAUUUUUGUGAAAAGCAU